AUGAUGAACAAACAGAAAAGGGUUACUUCAUAUUUUCAAAGAAGUGUGUUACCAAAAAGGGAUGCUGGUCUAGAAGGAGUACAUGGUGCUUUGAACUCGACAGUUGAGGAGGAGUCUCCUAUUAUUAUUGAGAAUCAGAAUGUGAAUGAGGAGUCUCCUAUCAAUUUGAGAGUUGACAAUUCAUCAUCUGAUUCUCUAGAACGAGAUCCUGGAUUACGUCAACCAAUAUGGACAUAUCCAGUUAAUAGGCGUGAUGAGAUAAGAAGGGAUUAUUGGAGUGCUGGCCCUUACCAAGUUGUACUUCCUAAGUUUCCUAAAUCUGGGCCUCCUGGAGAUCUUCGACCCUUUCAAAGUUCAUGGUACUAUGAAUUCUCUUGGCUUGAAUAUUCAGAAGCACAGGAUGCUGCAUAUUGUCUUCCAUGCUAUCUUUUUACAGAAAAGCCAAAUGCUCAAUUUGGCAGAGACACAUUUGCAAACGAGGGCUUCCAGAAUUGGAAAAAGAUAGAAGAAAUACGAGCAAGGUUCGAUGACAAAGUACUUGAACUCCUGAAGCUUAGCUCGAGUUUGGAUCCUCGGGAUGGAAGAAGAAGCCAGCGACUGAAGGUCUACAGCGACAAUCAUCAAUCGGUGAACUUUCUGCAGCUUCGGGAUCGUUUGAAGGACGAGGUGCAGCGAUUCUCCUUGUCAACGAUUGAGCCAGGCAUGGCUCCGAGAAGAAGGAACAACGACAAUGCAGUACCUAGGACUUACACUUUUUGGGAUUCCAGACACGAUGAACCAUUUCUUCGAUGCCUGCUAGAGCUGACAGAGAAGGGCCAGAUAGAGGAUGGUACAUGUAAGAAUGGAGUAUUUAAGGAGAUCGAGCGGAUGAUGGAAAAGUUGGUGCCUGGAUGUGGUUUGAAGGCAAAGGGGGCUGUUAAGACUAGGGUGAAGAAGCUGAAGCACUGA